UACCGAGUCGAAGUUGAGCAAAUAAUUAUGAGUUUGACAUAUUCAAUAUCUUUAUCUAAUUGCUAAAAGUUUAAUAAUAAGAAAUUGUUGUUCUAAUGACCAUUGGUUGACGACUUGGCCACAGCACUUUGGUGGCCCUUGGUUGGGUUCUUCUUUCUUUGCUAGGGUUAGGGCAUGGACUACCCUUUUUGACCUAUGUUUCAAAGUAAUUUAUUAAAUUAUGGUAUUAUUCUAGCAAAUACAUGUUUGUAGCAGCGUUUGUGAUUGACAAUAUGGUUAAAAAUUCUUUUAUCGGAGCUUAAAUUGGUAAGUGAUUUUUAGCGCUGAUGAAACGGUUGAAUCGUGCUCAGAUUUUUCUAGGUCACCAUUCUUAUUCGGAGAAAUAUUUCUAGGUGACAAUGUGAGCAUAGCUAAUAAGCUCAAGUGAGUCACGUCAUUGGCACUAAUGAGUUUGUCGCCAGGGCUGGGAAACUGGGUUCGAUUUUUUCGGUCUAAACCGAAACCAAAACGAUAAGAAUAUUAUUGGUUUAUGAUUUUUGGUCCAAAACGGUUUGUAUUUCAAUAGUUUAUUGUUUAAACCGAAUUUUCGAUAAGAAACUAAAACCGUAUCUUGCUAUAACCGAAACUAUUACAAAGGGUUUAGAAGUUUCGAUUUUGAUUUUGGGGGGGAAAGUCUAUCAUUUUAGGGUUCUCAUGGUUUCGGUUUGGUUUGAUCCGACCAAACCGAACCGAUCAACACCCCUAUUUGUCGUACCAAUGCCGCCAAUUUAAUUAAUUACGUACCCCUCUUAUUUGACUACUUGGCCUCAAAAUAUAAUAUACUAAAAAAAGAUCAAUUGUGCGGGAUGGGACGAAAAAAUGGGACAGAGGUUUUGGAGGGUUAAUAAAAUGUCAACAACCUCACUAUUUCAAUGGGGAAUUUUACCGUUGGACCAAAUACCAGCAUACAGACUUUUGCUGGAAAUAUGGUGAUAGACUCAGAACCUUGUUGUAUAUAUUUUUUUUUUCCUGAUCAUUCAUUCUUCGUGAAAACAUAUUGUGAACGGCGGAGAGUGAAAGUGCAAAGGUGUGAUAAGUAUGUCAUCAUGCCAAUUAAUUUGUAGGGUAUGCCUAUGGUGAUUUGCAAGUCACCGUAAUUUGAAAAAAACGGUCGACUUUUUUCAUCAAGUGUCUAUCACUUGAGUCAAUCGGUCUACCGUUUUCGAAAAUAGGUCGAUCUGAUGACACACUUACCUUCGAGCGGUCGAUCUCUUCCACCAAAUGGUCGUCCACUUUUCAAGAAAAUGGUCUAACACUUCCACCAAGUGAUCCACCACUUGGGUCAACCGGUCUACCGCUUUCGGAAACUGGUCGACCUGUAAAACACACUUACUUUGAAAUGGUCGACCUCUUCCACCGAGUGGUCGACCAAUUCCCAAGAAAAUGGUCUACCACUUCCACCAAGUGGUCUGUCACUUGAGGCAAUGAUAGGAUAAAAAGCAAGCGAACUAAGAAUUUGAAGGAAAGAUGAAAGUUUCUAUAGAGUAAGUCAAAUAAAAGAAAUAAAUAUGCAAAACAUUUUCCAAAUCUUCGAGAGAACAAUCACUCGAGAAAUUUGUCAUUUAUGCUUACAGCCUUUGUACUAAUUUUAAAUCUCUUACUAGGGAGCAUAUCUAUUAUUACUUGACUCUAAUUAUUUAUGAUUAUAUCACUAUCAAUGGUUCAUCAGGUCGACUAGUUAUUGAAAGCGGUGGACCGCUUAGUGAAAGAGGUAAAUCACUUGCAGGAAGUGGUAGACCGUUUUUUUGAAAGUGGCCGACCUUUUAGUGGAAGAGGUCGACCGUUUGUUGAACAUAUCAAAAUGAAAAAUAAUACAUCUGGUUAACCAUUCCAGCAAAGAGGCCGACCAUUUUGUCCAAGUAGGUCGACCAUAUCUGUAAAGAGGUCGACCAUUUUGUCCAAGUUAUGGUGACUUGCAUGUCACCAUAGCAAAGUCCUAACUUGUAUGGUUGAUAUGAUGACAUGCUUACAGUUGCUGCAAGAAGAAGUUGUCAAAAGAGAAAAGAUAAGUAUUUUAACAAACUACAAUUGAUAGGGUGUGGAGUAAAUGUUAGUUAAUCAUAUCAAUAUAACAUCACAUAAAAGGUCUUCCCCCCUAAACAAAGUUUUGUACAUUUUAGUUGUUUAAUCUUUCUCCCAUCCUCACAAAACAAAUACAAUUAAAGAUGGGAGGGAGAUAAAGAUACCAAAUGCUACCAACCACCCUUCCAUGUGAAAGAAGUUGCUUGCUCUUGGUGUGCAUUUAGGACUACCUUCUUUCAUAACCAUAAAAAUGGUAUCUAUCUAUACAUGUUUAUCUACAUAUAGGUUGACAACGAAAGCUACAUUUAUUUUUUUCAUAUAUGUUCAUGCCAAGAAGCUUAGCCUCUUUAACUAAACUUCUAUACAUCUAAACUAAAAUAAAAGCGGAUCCGGAGGAAGAAGUACUCGAUUUGUCAGACGAAAGAUAUCUUCACCUCCUUCUAAAAAUUCGUAUGCAGUUGAUAUAAACGACUCGUUACUUAUUUAUCUCAACAGAUAAUUCUAUAAGACAAUGUUCGAGGAGUUGAAUUUACAGUAACCCAGUUUCUAAAAUAUAAAUAAAUAGAAAGAACCGUGAUAAAUAGUCAACAUCAUGAAAAUGAACCUAAAUUGACUCUUUUUCUCAUUGAUUUCGAAUCCGGAACUUUUCGGGUGCGUAACAACAUCAUGUGAACAUGCUAAUGUUGUCAAAGUAGUUUUUUUCUUCUUCUUGAUUCUUGAAGUAAAUCUCAGUGGUAUGAUAACAGUAAUAAUUAACAUUAAGUUUGAAUAUUCAAACAUAUCGAUGCAAUAAUAGAAUACCCAGUUUUCUAAUUUGCGGUAGAUUUGGAUAUUCAAUGUGAGGGUAGUUAUAUAUAUUUAAUUUCUUGUCACUUCAAUCGUAUUAGUGAAAAUUAAUCGUCUUAGUAGCCAUCAAAUUAGAAGUAAAAUAUCAGAGCUGGUUAAGCUUUUUCCCUUGUAAUUUAUUAAUUUUGGCGGUCGGGUAAUUUUUAUUUUUUUGGUUUUUUUUACCACAGUGAAAAUUUUGUAAAUGGAGACCGAGUUGGGUUGGAGCGAGUGAACUCGGCGGGCGGUGAAAUAGGCAGACAGAUAAAAUAUGCGAGGACUCGAUGCGAUGUGAGAGAAAGAGAAAAUAAAAAAAAGAUUUUGUUUCCAACCCGAAAAUCUCCGCAACAGAAUCUUCGCGUCCCUCCUCCGCAUUUACAUUACCACCCCCGUCUUUUCCAGGAUAUUACGAAAACGCCAUUGGAAAUUCAGCAAAAAAGAAACACAAACGCUUCCUUUUCUUUAUAUAUAUAUUUUCUGUUCGUCCUCCUCAUCUUCUCUCCUCUCCUUCCCUUCCGUUCAUUCCUCCAUCGAUUCGAUUCUCUCUCAGUAUUCACACACAGCUCCUCUCUCUCUCUCCAUAUAUUUAUGCAGAUCUCGCCGUUUCUGUGUUGUGUAGCUUCACGCCUCCGAUUCUCAGCGCAAUAAGAGAGGAGGGGGAAAGCCGGAGGAAGAAGAUUCGGUUUUCAUUUGUAGAAGGGGGGAAAGAGGCCGGAAAAAUGGGUUCGAUUCCGGCGGAACUGAGCUUGGAUUUCAGGAUGAUGUCGACCAAGUUCGUCCCCAAGACGAUCGGAGAUUUCCUCCGGAACGGUUCUUCGACGGCCAUGAUCGGCGGCGAUGCGCCGGAGAAAGCUCCCAGAGUGGAUAGCUUGUUGAGGGAGCUGCAGGAGGAGAUGAAGAAGAUCGACGCCUUCAAGCGCGAGCUCCCUCUCUGCAUGCUCCUCUUGAAUGAUGCCAUUAUAGUGGUGAAGGAAUCGAUCCAGCGCUGUGCUAGUAGUAAGCAACCGCCGGUGUUGGAGGAGUUCAUCCCGUUGAAGAGGAGCUGUGAAGAAGAUGAAGAUGAACGUAAAGACAACUCUAGGAUAAAGAAUGACAAGGACUCCUCCUCUAAAGACAAGAAAAAUUGGAUGAGCUCUGUCCAGUUGUGGAGCUCUGAUGAUCACGCCACAGCCACUGCUUGUACUGAUGCUAAACAAAAUCUCAGACUUGAAUCUUCUAAGGUGAACAAGAAGGGGAAUCGAUGUGGAAAUGAGGAUGCAUUAUUCUCAGCUUGUCAAAACCGGUCUCUGGUUACUUUGCCAGUUAAGAGUUUUCCUAGUUUAUUAACAAGGAAGGAAGACAAUGGCAGAGGAGAGGAUUUGGGAAUCCCUGGCCUCUCUCUUCUAACUCCAGGACUGAAGAGCUCAGAGGAUUCUGGGUCAACAGGUUCCAGGGCAACCUCUUCUCCACCUAAUUCCCAGUCUCAUAAUUCACAUAAUGGAGGACCGCACCCGCCUUUCCAGGCUUCUAGGAAGCAGAGGAGGUGUUGGUCACCAGAGCUUCACCGCCGCUUUGUCAAUGCUUUGCAGCAGCUUGGAGGCUCUUCAGCUGCUACACCUAAGCAGAUAAGAGAGAUUAUGCAAGUUGAUGGUCUGACCAAUGAUGAAGUGAAGAGCCAUUUGCAGAAAUACCGACUGCAUACACGGAGAAUGGCACCCGGUGGCAACACUCCUGCAAACCAAUCUGUAGUUGUUUUGGGGGGUUUGUGGAUGUCUUCACAAGAGCAGUAUGGAGACUCCUCAAAGGCUGCUAGCUCCCAGUCUGGUUCUCCACACGGUCCCCUCCAGUUUGGUGGAACCCUGACCGGAGGCGAUAGCAUGGAAGACGACGAUGAUGCGAAAUCAGAGAACUAUAGCUGGAAGAGUCAUACUCCAAGAUCAGGGAAAGUUGGUGUAUAGUGUGCUUGUCUCCACUCCACGGAAUUUUUUGCAGAGUAAAAGUAUACAUGGGAAGAAGAUCAAUAUAAUGGGUUAUAAAUAAGAAACAAAAAUACUGGAAAUUACGAAUCGCACGAGAAGAAGAUCAUGACAACGACUACGGAUUGCAGAGGAAGGAAGCCGUGGAAAUUUUUGCAGGAGUAGUUUUUCUUUUUUUAUAUAUCUAUGUCAUUGAGGUUGAGCAUUUGUAUUGUAUCGCGGAAUUGGUAUAGUAAUAUUCUGAAGAUCCAUGUCUUCCAUGGACAAAAGAAACCCAGAAAAAAAAAAAGAACAAAAGAAGAGAAAAGAGUUCAUCAAGGGGUCAGCUUAUAUAUUCUUAUCAUCCAAUGUAGCUGUGUUCUGUCAUUUCUGGAGUUCUUCCUGCUGCAACAUUUGCAGCCAUUUCCCUGGAUUUGAGUGGAAACUCCAGGCUUUUGUAUGCAGAAUUUUUACUUGUGGAGAAUGAUGUAAAAGGCUGCAGAUGGUAAGAAAACAAGAAACUGUGAAAAUGUGAAAUCUGAAACUGAAAGUCAUGCUGGUAGAUUCCAAAAAAGGUCAUAUUGUGUACUUUCUGUUGCCAUCUAGCUCAGGGCUAUUAUUGAAACAGCAAACCAAAGAAUAUUCUCCCACAAUUAUUUUUUCUUCCUCUUUGGUCCCCCAAAUUUGGAUGGUCCCCUUGGGAUUUUUCUCAUCAGAUUCAGACAAACAGGUUUCACAAGCCCUCUUUCCUUUCUUUCUUUCUUUCAUUCAUCACUUUAGGAGUUUUGCUCCUCUUCCUCAUCUCCAUCUCAAUUGAGAUGUGAAAGCUUUUGUCUUCCUCUGUUUCUUGCUCUGCUUUUGUCUUUUUUGGUAUGGGUUUUUGCUUACCUUUCAGCUGAGGGAACUCGUGAAAAGGAACAUCUUUUCUUCACGAGGUGCAAAAAAAAAAAAAAACGCAAUUCUAUUGGAGGGUUCAGUCUCUUUUCAUAGUUCAAAUUCCUUAUUUUUUUCGCCACACUUAUUUAGAUUUCGGAUCGCCAAUGUAUCAAUGAGUACACAUGAAAUUUCCAUUUUUUCGCUAAUCCAAUGACCACGAGUAUAUAGAGGUAUGAUCAUAUGGUACUAGUCACUACUGAAUGCAAAACGCUUCUGUCGACGACGACGGAGUAAGCGAAAAUUGCCAAAGGACAGACAAGCUUUUGAGGGAAGGAAAAGCUAAUGGAUGAGAGUUGAAUUAUGAUAAUGAUGGUGUUGGAUGUUGCCAAAAGUGUAUUGAUUUUUGGGGUAAGAUUUGGAUUGGAUUCCAUGUUGUGUUGCUUUCAAAUGGGUUGAUGGAAUGACACAAAAAAGUUUUAUUCUUUAUUUAUUUAUUUAUUUAUUUAUUGGGAGGGAAUGAUGAUGGAAUAGCAUAAAUAUUCAUUCUUGUGCUUAUGAUGAUGAUGAUGGAUGGUGAAUGUGUUUGUUGGGCCACCUGAGUGCCACCCGUGAUGACCAGUUGCUCAUUCCCAGAACCAGAAUCCUUUUGGUAGAAUGAAUCAAAAAUAUAUUAUCCUUUUGGUAGAAGGAAUCAAAGUAUAUAUUACUUGAAAAAUGCAAAGAAAAAGAAGCUUAUGGAGUAGUCUAGAAUUCUUUUUUAAAGUUUUUAGGAAGAAAAAAAACUGCUCACAUAAAGGCAUGAGAUAUCGAGAGCAUGACGUGUCGGCUGCUCGAUGAUAGGGUGGCGAUACGGUUACGAUUUCGCAGUUGAACCGCUAAUCGCAUCGAAAUUUUGCGGUUUGUGGUUAACUAAAAAUCAAAUAAGUCAGCUCUUAUUCAGUCGCGGUUAGUGAUAUUGGUUGUCUCGCAGUUAGCAGUUUUAACCACAACCGAAUAAAGAACUAACCGCAAAAGUAACUGCAUUAAACUUAUGUCUCGUAUAAGUUAUUUUACAUAACUCGUAAAAAAAAUUGUUCAAACAUCAACUAUAAUAAUAAUCGAACCACCAUAAAAAUUAAUGAUAAUCGCGAAAUUAAAAAAAAACUCGUCAAUAAGGAGGUUUUCUCAGAAGAAAGUAACAAAAACGUUGAUUGAUCCGCUAGCACAACACGAAACCAUGAAAUCUGAGUCAAAUUUUUAGUGAAACAAUUUAUAGUAAGAUUAGUAAUGACUUUUCCAUCUACGUGUGGAUAACCAUUUUAUACCUGAAAUCAAGGUUCUAAAAGGCGCUAGGCGUAAGGUGGGCGCUCGGCUCCUGACUUGUGCCUUGCCUGAUUAGGCGUAGUCUAGGCGCGCCUAGGCGUUCAGAGCAUAAAUGGAAAAAUUUCUCAAAUAUUUCCUGUUUUCUGGAAUAAUUCAUAUAAUCCAAGUGCAUAUAAAAUUAGCAAUGCCUAGUUCUUAACGGUAAACACUUAACAUAACAAAUAACAAGCAAAUAGUCAAUAAGUUCAUAGGAAAAUGUUCAUUCUUCAUCAUCCAAGUAGGUCCGUCCAGCCACCACUUCAUCUUCAUCAUCCUCAAAAGCAAUCUCCUCACCAUCCUCCUCCACUUCCUCCUCUUCAGACACUAAUUCUUCAUCAUGGAACUCUCUCACUCGUGCACUCCUGCGAAGCUCACUCUAUUCACCCGCCAUUGCAUCUGUAACAGUACUCGAGGGUGCAUAAUAUGGUUCCUCAUCCUCAUCUACGAAUACAUGCAUAGCAUGGUCAUCCCCUUCCCGUGUUUCUGAUUUUCUAGGGCAAGAGGCAAUUUUCUGAUUUUCUAGGACAAAACGAAAAGUAUCGGGUUUAACCGCCUAAGCUCGCCCAGGCACGCCUUCUCUCCACUAGGCGCAAACUAAGCGCUAUUCCUACCUACUAAGCGCUAUCAGCGCCUUUUACAACGCCUAUAGCCAAGUCAAGGCGAUCCUCCACCGCCUAGAACCUAAUUGAGCCUAGGCGUGCGCCUAGGCGCGCCUUUUUGAACCCUGCCUGAAAUGCAAGGCAAUCAAAUAUAAAGAUGAUUCAAAACUGGGAGCUAAUUAAUGACUGAAUGAGGUUAGUUUACGUACCUUGUCCCUUUUUCCCUAACUAACAAAGGAUCAAAAUUACACUUAGUCUUAAAGCAGUGCUUUAAGUAGCAACAAACACAUGGGGUUCACGAUAAGAAGCUAUAAGCUGUUCCAAUAAUCUUUCAUUAAUUUGGGUUAAUGGGUAUGGUUAGUGAUAAGGAUGUGCUAGCUGGCUUGCCUGUACAAGUCCAAACGUCAUUUGCUCUCUAUAAUUAAUUCGAAUUUGUGUAAGUAAAACUGGUGAAAUGAAUCAAGACAGUAAAC